CUGGUGGCUAGCUCCGCCCUCUGAUCUCCAGGCAAGCUUUAUUUGUCAGAACACAAACAAAAUAUCCCCACAGGUGUCACUUUUCAUUGGCCUUGAUCCACCCUCAAAAUGUGUAAUGCUCCUUCACUUGGAGGUCGAGGGAGACAAGUCAGAAUUCAGUGCCUUGGCCAGACCCGAAACAAGCUAGAAACUGGAAGCCUGUCCCACUCAAAAUCCUGAGGAAGAAGUCCAAAUGUUGGAGACUGUCCUCUGAGUCACGCCUUGCUGCUCCACGUGUGAGCAGGGAGCGGGCAAGCACAGCAUUGUGACUUGUUCUCCUGUCCGCCCCUCUGCUGGGAAUUGAACCCAGGCCUCACACUUCUAAGAACUUGUCCCCUGAAGCUGUGUUCCCAGGCCUUGCAAUUUUUUUUUCAAUGUACCUGCCCUCCACCUGUCAUCGUCCUGAGUGCUACAACUCGGCCACAGUUGGUGGGUUCCCCCACAAGUCUGUUCCGGCGGAGCUUGUCUUGGUCAGCACUCAACCGUGCAAUUCCAGCGGGAGUAUUUGGAUCUUCCUGUAUUUCUGAGGGAUUGGCGGGGUUUUCUUCGUAUUCCAUUGGGUGGCUUGAUCAACUUGAAAUUCGUGAGUUAGGAAAAGAACAUUGGAAAGAAAUCCAUUCAGCUCCCACUUGAUGUGCAGAAUGCAUUGGGGUGUGCUGGGAGCAAGGAUUAAGACUGAAAACAACUAAGUGUAUUUUGGUUUCAUUCAUGUAUCUGAGCUAUUCAUGGAAUUCGUAUUUUAAAGAAAAUUUGCUACAGUGGACAGAUGGCUGAAAAUUGUAAACUAUAGCUCAGAAAACAUAAAAAGGGAAACGUUAAUAUAGAAAUGAACAGCUGCCCCAUUGUUAUUUUUUGUUUUCUUUCAUGCUCCUCCGUGGUGUCCAUAGGAAGAGCCAAAGCGCCCUCCUCCCACAAAUGCAUGGUCGCACAGUUGCACAGUUUUCCUGUUGCCAGCCAGGAACACUUCCUGGUGCUGCUUCUCACGCAGAGCCCCGUUUUCACUCUUGCAGCAGCAGGUGAAAAUAUUACUCUACCUUGUCUCUAGGUGUGAUAGUUCUUCGUAAUAGUUUUCUUAUUUGUCACAAAAGCAGAUCUCAGCACUAUUUUGAUGCAGAACAUGUUGUCAUUCAAGGAUGUGGCCAUUAAUUUCUCUGCAGAGGAGUAUGAAUGCCUGGACUCUGCUCAGUGGAAUCUGUACAGGGAUGUGAUGCUCGAGAAUUACAGCAACCUUGUGUUCCUGGGCCUUUCUUUCUCCAAGCCAUUACUGGUCAGAUUUCUGGAGAAAAACCAAGAGCUUCGGAAGAGUCAAGCAGCAGCUGUGCGCCAAGGAAAGAAACCUUAUAAAUGUAAAGAAUGUGGCAAAGCCUUCGCUAAGAACUCAUUUCUUACUUAUCAUCUGAGAAUUCAUACCGGAGAGAAACCCUACAAGUGUGAUAAAUGUGGCAAGGCCUUUUCAAAGCUUUUCAUACUUACUAACCACCAGAAAGUUCACACUGGAGAGAAACCCUACAAGUGUGAAGUAUGUGGCAAGGCCUUUACUGUGCUUUCCACACUUAUUAACCACCGUAGUGUGCAUACUGGAGAGAAACCCUACAAGUGUGAUGUAUGUGGCAAGGCCUUUUCUUUGGCUUCCACACUUAUUAACCACCAGAAAAUUCACACUGGAGAGAAACCCUAUGAGUGUGAAGUAUGUGGCAAAAAGUUUUCCAGUCCUGCAGACUUUAAAAAACACCAAAGAGUUCAUACUGGAGAGAAACCUUACAAGUGUAAAGAAUGUGAAAAACCCUUUAGUAGUCUUUCAGACCUUAGUAAACACAAAGUUGUUCAUACUGGAGAGAAGCGUUACAUCUGUGAAAAAUGUGGGAAAGCCUAUAGUAGGAGACACCACCUUAAUCGACACAAGCAGGCUCACACUGGACAGAAAUCCUAUAAGUGCACAGAAUGUGGCAAAAUGUUUUACUAUGCUUCAGGCCUUAAAAGACAUCAAAGAAUUCAUUCUGAGGAGAGACCCUAUGAGUGUGAGGAAUGUGGCAAAUCCUUUCCCUGUCCUUCAGAUGUUACUCAACAUGCGAGAACCCAUAAGAGACUGAAGCAAUACACCUGCGAAAAAUGUGGUGAGUGCUUUACUAUUCAAACAACGUUUUCCAAUCUCCGUAAAAUUCGUCUUGAGGGAAAACCAUCUGAAUGUGAAAGAUGUCGAAAGAGCUUUUAAAGGCUCUUAGUAAAACACACAAAGUGUUCAAACAACUAGCCUGCCAAUGUGAAAGAUGUCGCAACGGUUUUGUGUGUCUUUUAGUUGUUGCUCAACCUCACACAGUUCACACCUGAGAGAAGCCCUGCUUGUGUGCAGGAAAGGGACCAGAGUUUAGCUAUUCCUGUGUCUGGUGUAUAAGCAUCGGCAAAUCCAUUCCAAUGAGGGAGCCCACAAAAGCAAUCAAUUUGGCAAGUCCUUUACCUGCUCUUUGCACCUUAAGUAUCGCCCCUUCAUACUGCAGAGGCACUCUCCAUGUACAAGCAUUGUGCCAAAGCCUUGACUAAUACUUCAUCUUCAUCACCACCAAAGAACUGACAUAGGUGAGAAACUCUGCAGAUGUCCUUGUUAGCUUCAAGUGUCAACUUCACAUAGCCCUAUCAUUAUCUGAGGGACUUUCAACUAGGUAUUUGACUCAAUUGGAUUAGCCUAUAGGCAUGUCUUUGGGGACAUUUUCUUGAUUUUUAAGUGAUGUACAUUAGUCUAUCCAAGGAUAAGGAGUGCCACCCCAGGGCAGAUGUUCAAAGCUAUAUAAAAAUUCUUGGUGAGCGCAAGCAUGAUGGAGCAAGGAAGUAGCUGUUCUUCUAUGGCAGUGAUUUUCAAUCUUCCUAGACUGUGACCCUUUAAUACAGUUCCACACGUUUAAUUCAGUUCCAUAAACGUACUUCAUUGCUACUUUGUAACUGUAAUUUUGCUAGUUAUGCUUUGUAAUGUAAAUAUCUGAUAUGCAGAUGGUCUCAGGUGACCCCUGUGAAAGGAUGGUCUGACCCUACAGGUUGAGAACAGCUUCUCUGGUUUCCGCUUUAGUUGCUGCUCUGACUUCCCUGGAUGAUGAACUAUAACCUUUAAGGUGAAACAGAGCUCUCUUCCCCUAAGUUGUUGGUGGUCAUGGCAUUUGCCAUGGGAAGAGAAAUCAAAGUAAGAAAGCAGUGAAUGUGGGAAGCUUUCCUUCUUCUGUCUACUUUAUCUGUCACCAGACUGUACGGGAGAUAAUGUCACACAGCCUUUACGUUUGUUCAACCUUCACUGGCCACUGGAGCAUUCCCAUUGGAGAAAAGCCCUACUUAUGGAAAGAAUAUGACAAGGACUAGAAAGGAACUUUGUAAAAGUUAUGGAUAGCUGUUGAACAGAUUCCAAUCUCCUGCAAUGUUUUCAAUUUAUGCGUAAGAGAAACCCUGCAAAUCUAAGUGUUAAGAGACAUUGUUUAUUCUUCAUAUAUCAGAGAGUUUGUUUUGUUGAGAAACCAUGUAUAUAUGACACACCUCCUUCAACAAGUCCACAUCUCCUAAUCCUUCCUAAACAGUCCAACAACUGAGAACCAAGCGUUUAAAUAUAUGUAUGAGCCUGUGGGUCCAUUUGUACUCAAACCACAACAGUAGUGGACAGUAGCCUUCAACCAGGAGCCAGAUUAAACGCUCCUUAAAGAUGCUCAUGUACAUUAUCACAGCAAUUGGAAAAGUUACUAAUAAAAAUAAUAAAAGUGUCCAUUCGACAUUUGA